UUGCAUGGUUACUACGCUAUUACAAACAAUAAAACGCAAACUUGAACAGAAACAAGCAAAAUUUGAUUCCAAGAUCCUUCAUUUCAUAGGUAGCGUUGUUUGUGGAAUCGAAUUUGAAUUGUGAAUUGAGAAUGGGAAGAGGAAAAUUCAAGAGCAAACCCACCGGUCGCCGCCAGUUCUCCACCCAGGAAGACCUCCUUGCUGGAACCACUACCCGUCCUCGAAGUUUUAGACAGAAAGAAGCUGAGAAUGAAGAGGAACCUGAACAAGUAUCUGGGGAUGAUGCUGGAGAACAAUCUGAUGAAGAAACUAGAAAGAAAAAAGGAACUCAAGGGAUUAUUGAGAUUGAAAAUCCUAACUUGGUAAAGCCAAAGAACUUGAGAGCUAGAGAUGUUGAUGUUGACAAGACAACCGAACUUUCAAGGCGUGAAAGAGAGGAGAUAGAGAAACAGAAAGCUCAUGAACGCUAUAUGAGGCUGCAAGAGCAAGGAAAAACAGACCAAUCAAAGAAAGAUUUAGAACGAUUAGCUCUUAUACGUCAACAAAGAGCAGAAGCUGCUAAAAAGAGAGAUGAAGAGAAAGCUGCUAAAGAACUGAAGAAGGCCGAAGUACGCAAGUGAAUGUCGUGCGGCCUAACCUUAUUCCAAUUAAUAGGAUGAAUGUAUACUCUCACUACUCAUAAAUAUUGUAUCCAUUGAUCUUUAUAAUGGAUCUUACAGUGAUCCCAUUCUGUGUUGGUAAUUUGUAAUGCAAUUAUUCCAGCAUCAUGUGACUUGAAAUCUUAAUUAAAUAAACAGUUUUCUUUACAUUAA